GCUCCACGUCACGUGUCCCUCGAACCCCCUUGCUACCCUGCCUCGGUCACGUGCCCUCUCGGUUUCACAUGGAGUAGCACGUCCUCACUUGCUCUCCUCCAACCCUCACCAGAACCAUGCCCCCUAUGGCCAGCUUCCAUGUCAACCUAUGGUCCUGUGGCAGAGGACUCCCGACGUGCAUUUCCACUCCUUGCGAAAGUAGGUGGCGCUAAGUGCCAUAGUGACACCAAUAACAUCACUACACAUGUUAGGGGGUGCUUGCCAUGUGAUAGUGAAGCUUGUUACAUGAUAGCAUCUUCAUGAGCCAUGAUCUGUCUGCUCCUGGGUCAAGGUCUCCCCAUCUUAUUGGUCUCGGUCUCAAGAUUCCAGUCUUGUUCUUGGGCAUGGGCUCCAUCUUCUCAGUGGUCGUCCAUUUAGGAAUGUUCCCGUAUGACAAUCCAAAACAUAAUAUCGAGUUGAAUGUACGCAGAAUUAACGUGAAAACUAAAAAUAAUAACGAUGUUGGUUCUUGUGCAGUCCUUGGUGACCAAACUGAGACCAUAUAAGCCAGCUACACUUGAGAACCCAGUUUAAUCAUGGGUUGUUGCCCAGGUUAGAAACCAGAAUUUCACCAGUAUCUGACCAUCUUAUGCAAAAAGAUAAACACCUAAAAAAAAUAACAAACAAACUGAAAAGAAGGCUUUAUUUUAAUUAUUUUGUGACAUUUUCACUGUCUGGACUGUUUGGUCAAUUUCGACUGGAAAAGCAUGUUAUGAAAUGAACUGUUACUAGAAGACGUUUACACUUACUGUAGUCUGACAUUCUCAUACAUCAUACCAAACCCACAGUUGUGUACAUGGCAAGCACAGACAUGGAGGCUGAAGACUGUGUCUUGCGGUCUCAGAUUCAUACAACGCCGUCUGCCAAAGUUGGCAUCCUCAGUGGAUUGCAAUGUGCGUUGAAACUACACAUUUCCUGUUAAGACAGUUUUCGUCGGCAUCUGAGAUCGCCGUGUGCUUCUGCCGUAAGGCGUCAUGUCACACUUGCUCACACCCACAUCAUCCCACUCUCCAUCUCGCUUCUUCUGCAGUGCUUUCAUUCCCCUUUUAGCCACAGACAUGCACGUUUACGAGUGGAAAUCAAAGGGUUUUGAAAACUGGACUAAUUCUAGUCCAGAGAUGGUGGGUAUGGCAUCAAAUGAUUGGCAUCAUUUGCGUGGAGAAGGAUAGUGUGUUGAGGACAUUCUGGAGCAGGUUCAGAAGGAGAGAUGUCGAAUUAGAACAAUCCAGAAAAGGUAAAGUAUGCGAGUUGGAUUCAUUCUCAAAAAUCAAAGCUCCAUGAAGGAAGGAUGUUGUUAAAGAGGCCAAGGGGUAGAAAAUGAAGGAUGCUGUUUGACACCUUGAAGGGAGGGGGGGGGGUUAUACGGUGAAUUGAGAAGGCGAGAGAUAGUACAGCAUGGAGGGAGCUUGAGUCAAGCACCUGCUUUUGGGCAGAGGACCAAAGACACCCACAGAGAGAAAUCGAAUUGCAUGUGAAAAGUAUACCUGUAAAGUAAUCGGAUUCAGAAAAUUUACUUUGGUUAUAAAAGUUACCAAUUAAUUCAACUGUAGCGGUGGUGCAAGACAGAUGAUGACACACUUUGUUGAAGACUCAUUUUCUGACCCGUCCCUAUUGGACAUCUAUGAAAAAGAGCUUCAUAGCUCAUCUGAUUUCUCCAGGAUAAAUACAUAUUUUGAUUCUGCCAGCUAACCUAGCGGAGCAGCUGUCUGAGGACAUCACAUUAUGCAAAUGAUGAAGCUACUGCCUGGCUCCUCGGCACAAAUACACGCACUAAAUAAAAAUAACAAUAUCCUCUUUCAUUUUUGCAUUGCAAGGUGUGUGUUGAAUAUUAAUGUUAAAACAUGCAUAUCAAACUGCUGCAAGGCAUUAUCUGGCACACAUGAUGUAAAUAGAGAACGUAUUAGCAUUAUUAUCGAGGCACAUUUGGUGUGCUUUUAGCUUUACUUCAUGGUGAUAACAAUAUAGAUCAUGGGCCGUUUUUGCUCUGUUCUUGUGGUUCAUUCUGACCGGACAUUGUGUCUAUUGUGUGUUCCUGUGGGACGCGUCCAUUGUGAUGUUUCAAACCUUGUUAGCCCCUGCGUUGCUUCUGUAAUGAGAUUCCGUGACAUGCCGCUAAAGCGUUAGCGGGCAGCCGGCGCCUGCAAAAACUUGCCAGCCGUGUUGUUUUGUCGCGUUCAUUGUGUGCGAAUGCACGUGUUAAUUCACCUUCGUUGCGUGUGCCAUCUGUUAUUCUUUUAUCUUCUCUAUGUUCAUGCACCCAGUGUUAUAUCAAUCCAUCAGUGCGUUCAUUUCCAGGCGUUUCGCUGUACAGGCCUUGCUGUGAUGAAACGCCUCAUUUUUCAGUGCGGUCAUCUUGCUUUCCGGUGUAAUGUAAUUUGAGCGCACCUAAUAACGUUCGACAAAAUUGCUCAAAACUAAUUUCGGGUAAUUUCGUGUUAUUCCAGCGGUAUUGUGAUAUUUGGGCAGCAGUGUGUUUUGAGGCAUUUCUCAAUCACUAUUUGAAACAUCCCUGCGGUUAUUCAGAAGCUGAAGAGACGGGUAUAAUUGUCUGUGCUAGCUUAGAGGUCAAAUUCAAGCUUUUGAUAAUAAAAAAAGCACUUGCCAAGUUGUAUGUAUAGUGGCACAGGAGAUUUGUUGUUAUAAGGGGGUGGAGUUAUUGGGGUUGGUGUUACACGUCACUGGCGUGGGAAAUUAUUUAAUAUGUUUUUGCACUUUAUCUUGAAGCCUUUAAAUUGGGAACGUUUUUUGCGAAGGCUCUAGAAAUGUGAGCCAGAAUCCGUUAGCAAGCUUAUACCUGUGCCCUGGUCUCCGGCUAGCAGUACCUGCCCUUCGGCUUCUCGUGUGGUGCAGGGUUGCAGCAGACAGCCGGGGGUUGUCUGUGUCUAGGGAAAGCGUUUAAUGUUUAAAUAAGGGUAAGGUUACCACUUUCAUUUUUUAUCUCUUCUUUUUUUACAGCACUCGCUCAUCUGCCCUCCAUAGUUUGUGAGUCGCACAGCCAGUUUAAUAUAUUUUGUUAUGAACCGGGGCUAUCUGCUUGCUUAUUGUUUGCCAUAGAUUCCGUGCUCAGUUAUUAUAUUAGCAUUCAGGAUGUACUUAGUAGCCCUGCUUUUAAAAGAACGUUGGACACAUUGCAUUUGUUUAUUAGCAUACGAAAUUUAGUUUGCUGUUUAGCUGCCUGUGUUGGUCGUCUUGAUGAUAGGCACCAGUCUGUUGUGCAUUCAGGAAAAAGAUAGCCACGAUGCAAAGUGCUUCAAGAUAUGUGAAUCAUGUACAAUGCGCAAGAAAAUAUGUUUCAAGAUAAUCGGUUUAAUAGGAAAGUUAAAUUAGAUGUAAACUCAAGUCUUUUUAAUGCAGUUUUGAACAAUGGGCAUCCAUUUUUACUAGGAACAUCUAUGAAACUUUGUGUACAUUCAUUCACUUAGCAAAUGCAGCAGCCAUAUAGAGCUUUGAGAUUAAAGCGUGUAAUGUGAUUAUAAAGUAGGCCAUUAGUAUUAUUGAUCUUUUGGACUACGCUUCAUUAAUCUAAUGCCCACGGUAUCUCAUUAUAAACUAGCUGCUAUCACACAAAUUGAGUUACUAUGUGCAAAUAGCUUUCCGAAAAGAAUUAGUUGGCUGAUCAACUAAAUAAAUAAGCAUAUAAAUACGUAAAUAAACAUCAUCGCUGUGAUUACAUUCACAACAACAAUCCAUUUAAAUUCACAACACUCCUUUUCAGUUAACUUCUAUAAAAAUGCUGCACUUAGGCAUGGAUAACAGCAGCGACUUUAAUUAAAAAGCAUUUGCCACCUGCCUGGAACAAUGUUCAUUAAAAUAAUUUUACGUUUGAUUUACAUUUCUUAACGCAUAGUCUGCAUGGCUGGAGUUUUUCUUGAUUUAUCUCUCUGUCGCUUACAGUCAGGACAUUAUUAUUAUUCGGGAUUGAUUUUUUCUCCACCUCACAAGAUAACUGAUGAAGCACGUUUCCUCGAUAAGAUUUACUUUAAAACGUCAGCAAAACAGCACCACUGCCUGGUUAUAUAACGGCAAAAAGCAAGUGCUCGGAAUAAAUACCCGCACGGGCUCGAUUAGAUCAUGGCAGGAGACACCACACGGGCUUAGUACAGCACAGUUACAAUGAAUAUGAAAAGGCCGUCUCGUUAAUUCAUUUGUAAGCUCCACACUCCGCAGUGAUUGCUUGUGAUGAAGGGAGUGUGUUCAGUUCCCAUUGAGCUUAGAAAGGCCAUUGACAAGUGCUGCAGUUUCUGUUGCGCGUUACGAGCGCAGUUGUCUUGCCCCUAAAUGCCUGUGUGCAUCGGUGCAUUGUUGUUAGCAACCACUGACCGCUUCGAGUCCAGUGUGUGCCCGCUUGGUGACCAGGCGAAUUAUUACAUUUAGUGUAUUUUUUUGAGGGUGUGCAAAUAAAGUGCAUUUUAAGACGUUGCGCAUGCUUUUCUUUAGCCCCGUGAAACAACGGUGAUUUCCUGCAGAAAUGAGCACUGUGGCAGUGCUCAUCUGAGUUUUUACAGCCCUGAAACCGCUGCUGUAAAUUCCAUGUUCCAAUGGCCAGGGGUGAGUAUGUCCAUAGGACAACCGCUGUGAACGUCCCCACGAAGUCGUACUCGUUUUAUCACUCCCGGUUGGAAUGAUGAGACAGCAAUAACUGUCGUAUACCUUUCCUCAUCAGGCCUUCCAGUGUAAUGUACGUUUUAGGGAGUGUUGAAAAUCGAAAAUGCAACACGUUGAAUGGUGACAUUGUCUGGGCAGAUCAUGCUACGGUGCAUUUAAAUUUACGGCAUACCAUGCGCACAGUGUUAUUUAACCCUUAUUGUUGCUGCUGUAGAAAUAUAUAUGUUCCGUAUUUAGAAGCACGUGUCGAAUGAAAAGCAUAGCAAACAUUUUUUUUAAAAGCUGUUUUUACGGAGCGUUCUUGUUUUUGGUCACGUUAAAUGGUGUGCAGAUUACCACUGCACAAACCAACAUUUUCCAGCGUGCACACAGCUCCCACGGGGCCAAGCGCAGGUCUGAGCAGGUCUCUGCAGUGCGCAUUGAGACACAUGUGGGAGGCUAAGCUAGCUCUGGUUUCCACGGCUUUCCGCCCUCUCUUGUGAUAUUGGAAUGUUCUAUAUUUAUACUUGCAGGCAUGAGCACUAUAUAGCAUACAGACUGAUAUGGCAUAACUCUAAAACCCUUUUUUGUAUCAAAGUGAAAGGUCACAAAAACAUUGCGUGCAAGACAAACGGCAGAUAAAUGUCUGUAAUUUGCUUCUAAAUUUGAAGUGGCAUGCAAUCUACUCGAUACUCUUCUGGUCGGUGUCACGAGUUAUAGCUUUGGACAAGUUAAUAGUCAUUGAUAUGCUUUUAACAUCCACUUAGUUUAUUACCAAACAUAUCGGUCUUGUUGAUAGGCACAAGAGUAGGUCCCACUGCAUUCAAUGUUCGCCUGGUUUUGCGAUGCGUAGUUUACACAAUGCCCGCUGCAAGAAAGCAUUGUCCCUCUACCCAUUGUGGAAAGUCAACUUGCUCCGCAGUGCAUGGUCUUUGUAAGAACGGUUGUAACCUCCUGGGGUGUUUGCUAAGAGGCACUGAAGACGUGUGCUGGUUCAACGGAUUCGAGAUUCAAACAAUUGUUUCCAAUAUUUCUGCCUGCACUGCUGAAAUACACGGCUGCAUUUCAGCAUCUUUCCAGUUGGUGCCAAAUGCAUGGAAGUAGCUCGCAUUUGUUAUCUCCUCUUAACAUACAUUCUGACUCCAAAUGAUUGCAGGCAACUGUUUGUAGAAAAUAAUUUUCAAGGGUUCGCAUUGAAAGCAUUCAGUACAGUAUCUACUCAGGGUGGUCUGAUGCAUCCAUUCAUUGAUCGAAAUAAAUAUCUUAAGCACACGAUACAUGCACCGAAUUGUGCGUGUAAUAAUUGAUUUAUUACACAGUAGGUUCACUUGACCCCUGCAGUCACUAGAGGCGCUAAUAUCCACCAAAGCAUUGAAAAAAACAUCCUGAAUCGCAGCAAUUCAAACCAAAUUUACAAGUACAAUUUUUAAUUUGGUGGUUUAAUGUUGUUACAUUAGACCAAGUUUCCUUACAGUUUUGUCACUGUUGUGUAAUAGACUUUUACGUUUUUAACACUAGAUAGAACACAUGUCAGCCAUUAUUUGAACUUCCUUGCUGAUACCUUACAAAGCUUUGCACCCACACGGCCUUGUAUGUAUGUACGUUGAACUUCUUACGUGUCGUACGUAGCCAACCGUUCUCAUCGGAGAUGCGGGGAAGGCCUUGUGAGGACUUGCUUUAUUUUCACUGAACUCACUUUGCUGAUAUGUGAGAAACAACAAGCCUUAACUAGUUUCAUUUGAAUUGGUUUGGCCUUUAAGCUUAAUAAGGAUUAUACAUUUCAAUUUCUAGGGAUUUUUUUACAAUGUCCAUAUUGACGCACAUGGCAUUGCAAUACGCUAAAAUCCCACCUCAUUUGAACUCGUUAAAUUCCUUAAUUUAUAGCCACUGAUAUAUUUUUCUAUACACAAUUGUGGCAGCCUAGCCUGCCUUUCCCCGUAAAAAAUUACCCCCGCCCGGAGAAAUGCUCAGCUGUCUCUUCAGACUCCUUUGCCCUAGUUUAGAUAUUAGCCGUGAAUAAUUGAUAAGAAAUAUGGUUCAUAUUUCCCUACUCGUCUGCUGUUGAAUAAAACAAAUCCCAUUCUCAGCACGACUGUGGUUGUAGACGGUGGUGCUGCUCCGCUUGACAGGAGGUGUCUCGCACAUGAAACUGCUUCAUCCUCCCUUGGGGGUGGUCGCAGCGUCGCGGGCGGAGACAUGCGUACGUGGCACGGGCGGCCGGCACAUCCCCGUGUUUGUUGCUGAUUAAACACAGGCUCCCCGACCACUUGUGCCCUGCGGAUUACAGGGGGCGGCCAUCCGCGUGCACGCGCGUACACGCGCGUUCACGCCCGUGCACGCGCGCUCGGACCCGUGCACACGCCCCUUUGCUGUUGGGCUGAGCGUCGCGGCGCCCUGGGCUCGCCGUGAUCCGGGCGUCACGUCAGCAUAGCGCCGGGGCCGGUUCCACAGCUUGUUCACUCGCACACAGCCACUCGCACUGUGCGUUUCUCUCGUCGUGUGCGUGAGCACGCGCACAGCCAGCCUUGCCACCGGACCAUCGGCACGGAGUGCUGCUAGCAUGCGGGAGGAGACGAGUGGCGGGUCCAGGAUGUCUCUGCACGCCAGGGCUUCCUUCCCGCCGCCCCUACCCUCCUCGGCCACCGCGCUACCUCUGAGUAAGCGCCAUCGAACCAGCCGGCUGGCCUCCUUCGAGGGGUUCCACCAUGUGUGGCUCUGCCCAGGGAGUGAGAGGGAGAAGGAGGAGUCGGACAUUUCCAGGGACGACUCCUUCACGGUCACAAAGAGCAAAUCGGAAAGCGGCUUAUACAAUGGCAAUGAGACGUCAACCCCAACAGUCAAACUUACCAAAAAGGAAUCUCUUAAGGUUCAAAAACAGAAUUACAAGCAGGAAAAGAAAAGGGCAACUAAAGAGCUGCUUAGCAACCUGAAGGACCCCACCGUGGUGAUCAUGGCAGACUGGCUGAAGAUCCGUGGCACGUUGAAGAGCUGGACCAAGCUGUGGUGCGUGCUCAAACCCGGCGUGCUGCUCAUAUACAAGAGCCCCAAGAACGAGCACUGGGUGGGCACGGUGAUGCUCAACGUGUGCCAACUCAUCGAGCGGCCGUCCAAAAAGGACGGCUUCUGCUUCAAGCUCUUCCACCCGCUGGACCAGUCCAUUUGGGCCGUCAAGGGCCCGGAGGGCGAGACAGUUGGCGCCAUCACUCAGCCGUUGCCUGGCAGCUACCUGAUCUUCCGUGCCAUCUCCGAGUCGGACGGCCGCUGCUGGAUGGACGCCCUUGAGCUGGCGCUGCGUUGCUCCAGUCUGCUCAAGCGCGCCGUGGUCAAGGAUGGCAAGGAGGCUGAGCUCAACAACUCGGUGGAUGGAGGCCACAUGGGGCUGCUGCAGCUGCUCAGGGCCAGCGCCCCAUUCAGCCCCCAGGAGAACUUGAACGAGAGCGAGAUCGAGAGCGCUCACUUCGGAUCGCACCACCUGCCCUGGGAGGGCUCGGGCCGCUCCAACGGUGGUGACGGCCAGCGCGAGGAGUCGGACGAGGACGGCACGGCCGACAAGACAGACGACAGCGACUCGGACGUGUCGGACCGGCCUGACGCCGCCGUCGUUACCGCCACGCCAAGCAACGGCUCUCCUGCUAACGGCUCCCCGGGGAACGGCUCCCUGGGAAACAGCUCCCAGAGCAAUGGGUCCCCCCCGGAGCCCGUGGUGGAGACAGGUUAUGUGGCCGAGCUGGGCGAGGAGUUUGGCGAGGUUGGAGAGGCGGCUCAGACCGAGACGGUCUCCGAGGAAAACAAAGGCUUGAUCUGGACACUCUUGAAGCAGCUACGGCCUGGCAUGGACCUGUCAAAGGUGGUGCUGCCCACUUUCAUUCUGGAGCCGCGUUCUUUCCUGGACAAGCUCUCCGACUACUACUACCACGCCGACAUCCUGUCGCAAGCUGCUGUGGAGGAGAAUGCAUAUGAUCGUAUCAAGCAGGUGGUGCGGUGGUACCUGUCUGGCUUCUACAAGAAACCCAAGGGUCUGAAAAAGCCGUACAACCCAAUAAUUGGCGAGACAUUCCGUUGCAUGUGGAUCCAUCCGCAGACCAGCAGCAAGACUUACUACAUCUCUGAGCAGGUCUCGCAUCACCCUCCCAUCUCUGCCUUCUUCAUCAGCAAUAGAAAAGACGGCUUCUGCAUAAGCGGUAACAUCUUGGCAAGAUCAAAAUUUUACGGAAACUCACUCUCUGCCAUUUUGGAUGGCGAGGGGAAGCUGACAUUCCUCAACCGGGGCGAGGAAUACUUAAUGACGAUGCCCUAUGCGCAUUGUAAAGGCAUCCUUUACGGCACCAUGACACUUGAACUUGGAGGGAAAAUUAUUAUCGAUUGCGAGAAGACCAACUAUAAAGCCGAGAUUGAAUUCAAACUCAAGCCAUUCCUGGGGAGCUCGGACAGCGUGAACCAAGUUUCUGGGAAAAUAAAGCUUGGCAAGGAGGUGUUGGCCACGCUGCAGGGGCAUUGGGACCGGGAGGUGCUGAUCCACGAGCUGUCGUCUGGCGUCACGGAGGUUUUCUGGCACCCGACGUCAGACGUGCGGCACCAGCGGCUGCAGCGACACACGGUCGCCAUGCACGAGCAGGGCGAGUUUGAGUCUGAGAGGCUGUGGCAGCACGUGACCCGGGCCAUCCAAGACAGGGACCAGAACAGAGCGACGCAGGAGAAAUUUGUGUUGGAAGAGGCCCAGCGAAAUGCAGCCAAGGAGCGCAAGGAGUCAAACUCGGAGUGGACACCCAAACUGUUCCGGCAGGACCCCAUCACCGGCGCCUGGUGUUAUAAAUAUGCAGAUACCAGGCCCUGGGAUAUGCUCAACGACAUGGUGCAGUUUGAGAGAGACGGCGUGAUCCAGACGCACAUGCGACACAGGGCGGCACACAGUGUGGCGAGCCUCGCCGUGCCGUCGGCAUCUCACAAGGGCUUUCAGACGGUGGGCCCGGACCUCAAACCACUCAAGGGUGGCCUACGACAUCGGAAAAACCCUUUGCCAGACCACCAGCACUUGGACUCGUCCGACAACGAUGACGUGAGGUCGCAUGGAUCGAGGUCUCGCAGGAGGCAUGGGCUGGUGGAAAUCCACGAGGCCAUUGAUUCAGUCCGGAAAACACAGGAAGAAAUUAACAAGAAUCUGGCCUUCCUCGCUCGCAGGGUGCUGCCCAGCCACCCCGCAGAGGAAGAGAGCCUGUUGCAGGCUCGAGACUGGAUGCUCAUCUUCCUGCUGUUGCUCUCGCAGCUCCUCAUCACCUACAUUUUCAAAUAGGAUGCUCGCCACCCUCUGCGUGCAUGCCGGCAAAUUCCCAGACACGUGCCCCCCCCCUCCCCCCGGGCUACUGUGAGGCGGAAAACGGCAGCCGUCGGAGCUGAGUGGGCUGAGCCCUUAGGCUGAACACAGGGUGGAUCCUUGACUGCCGGUCUGCCGGGGACUUAUUAAGCAGUGCACGGUGGAGUCCUUCGACGUAUCAAGUGGGAGCCUUGAGCGGAGCAGGGUGGAACGCUUUGUCAGUGGCUGUCUGCAGCAGUCAUAAUGUCCAAGGCCUCUGCUGCGAAAGGAAAAUUAAGAAAAAUGGAGCAGCUGUGGCUGGACCCUUGCCCUCUAAUAAUGCCUGUGCACACUUACAAAUAUAAUAUAUAUUUUGAUUGCCAAGAGCACACCUUUUACACUCCAUUUGCGAGUUAUCGCAUCAAUGUCAAUUAAUAUUGCAGUUAAUGUUAUUGUGUAGUUGUCGUCUUCGUAAGUGUAUAACUAUAUUAUACAAUGUGGAGGCUGCUAAUCCACCAAGUGGGCGUUUGUGGCUUCUCGAUUUUCUGAGCUGUUCGUUGCUCAUCACAUUUACAGUGUAUAUGUACCUGGUAUAUAUAGAGAGAGCUUUGCAUAUAUUACACCCAUGUUGCAGCAAUCAAGUUGUCUAUCAAGUCACAAUUUUUAUAGUUGUGAUGUAACUAAUAUAUGAGCAAGUGGAAUGAGUUUGGGUGAAUUUAAAAUUACAUGAGGAAGAAAAAACGCGUCAUCUUUGGUAACGAACGUUCAUUCUUGUCUUGUUUAUUAUUUUUUGUUGGCAAAAACACUGUUUGCCAAGGCUGGAGUUCGAGGAGUGGAACAAAAUGAAUUCACUAAUUCCCAUUGUUCCCGCCGGUUUUUAUUUCAGCGAAGAAAUGAAGGUGCAAGUGAAAUAAACGAACAUGUCUUCCUUAGUGCCAUUUUAAAUCCCACAGUAGCAGGUGUUUUCGAGUCGACUGUUAUAUUUAUCUUGUCAUGCCGCCACGGUCAAUAUGCUCAGCCUGAGCGUGCUAUCUUGUCUGGCAGUUGUGUGUGUGUGUGAGCGCAUUUCAGCACUUGGUGAGGAGGGCUCUGGAUGAUGAUCAAUUUUUGGUAUUGCCCAUCUUCCUCUGCCCCUGCCCACAGAUGUGCAUCAAAAUGAUCUCAAGUAGAAAUACUCUUCCAUUUGCUUAAUUACCCCAAUAUUCAAUGCUUCAAGCCUUACUAUUAGCUACUUCACCUUUUGCAAUUCUAAUCCUAUUACAAUUAUCAAGUCAGCCGCAUGUUAUACGUCGUUACUGAACUCUGCAUACUGUGUGCACUGGCAGUGAUUGUAUUUUAGGUGUCUGGUAAAUGUGUCAAUUAUAUUUAUACAUUUUUAACUGUUUGUGGCGCUAGUAACAGCUUACUUUAAUGUAAUUAGCCAUCACUGCCAAGAAGUCUAGUUACAGAAGGUUUAUGACAUACAGUAGUAAAUACACUGUCACACAUUGCACAUGCACUAGUAAACUCAGCUUGAGCGAUUGUUGGCCACCAAUAUUGCAGUUAUUGUGCAGUCUGGCAAUACUUUGGUUAGGGUGUGUAUGGUAUUAAAACGAGCCACGCUGGAUUUUUCUGAAGACCUGCAAGCCAUGUGACCAGUUCACAUUAGUGUGUCUGUACAGUUAAUGUUAACUUUAAACGGUACACCUACUUAAUGUUUUCUUUUUUUGCAGAAUCCUGGGUGACUCGUUGUGGCACUGACUAUAAAUUAAAACGCUUUUACUUUGCACCAGAUGAUAAACGUGAUUAUUUUGUACGUACAAUUGGGUCCACAUGUAGUCUUAACCAUUUGUCUUAACUGAUCAAAACAUAGGAAAUGUAAUUUAAAGAGAAGGAAAAAACUAUGUAAAUACCUGUAUACAAAAGGUUAGAUGGACAGGAUUCCUGUGUAAAAAUGUUAUUUGCCAUCUGUUUAAAAAAAUCUGUUUAAUGUAUUGUUCCGCUGGUAUAUUCAUCUUGCAUAUGCCACAUUCAAUUUACCGUGAAUAUAUAAAUUAAUUAUUUGGAAAUUCCGAAGUUAAUAGACCAGCUCUCACUUUACCACUGAUAUAAGGUAAUGUCUAAUAAUUAUAAUCAUUCCUUGCCAUGCUGUAUAAAUCCUUGCCUAAUUUGUCACUUAUUUAGUUUUUGAUAGAAAGUUACAUUUUAAGAGGUAAAUAACAUGAUAAAAUUAGGUUAUCUUGCAUCCCAAAGCUGGAAAUCCCUGUACUUAAGUGCUGAGAGCGUGCGUGUGAGAGUGAAAUGAGCUUUGCCCAAAUAUAUGCAACAGGCAAUAAUAUGUUACAUGAUCAUCUGGAUAUAUUUUCUACUUGUUACAUUUACAGUUAUAUUGUGCUUAAAGUUUGCAUUUUUAUUUUCACUCCGCCACUAAUAUUUAAUAAAAAGUCACAACUUCUGUUAACAGCAAUAGGGUAAAUCUUGAUUGUAAGUCUUUACUUUGUUAUAGUACGCAAGCUCCGUGAUGGCCCAUGCAUAAACGGUGGACACUGUAAACAUGCACACACACUCGGUCAUGCUUGUGCUAACCUCUGCAGGACCCCACGAGGGGAUUAUGACCCACAGAAGAGGACACACCACUUCAUUUACCAACUAUUUUGCUUAAAUUUGAAUAAAAAAUAAAGCACCCCAUGAACAUUGAAGUAAAAGGGUUUUUUUGUCUUUCGCUCAAUUCACGAAAGUGCACCGAAAACUUUACGGAAUAUUGCUAGAAAAUAAGUUGGUUCUUGACAAUUCUGAUGGUGACACAGGAGCUGGUCUUGAAUAUGUAUGGUGGUGGCGAUGAUGAUGAUGGCGAUUAAGCCUUUGUGCAAUAGCGGAUGUUAUUCCAUUACUCUCGCUUUGACUAAAUAGCACAAGACACAUCCACGUUGUUAUUGUAAUGUGUUUUGCCGUUGAAGUCAAGACGGUUUUUUAACGUAUGGAGUUGAUGCUGAGCUUGUGCAGCCUUGUUGAUAUAAGCAAUGUGGCACCCACGCCUCUCCUAGGAUAUCUCCAGUCUUGCACAUGUAAUGGUGAACGUGUAGGUUUUGCCAAACAGCCCAUUUCAACUCAAUCUCAGUGCCUUGUUUUAGUCAGUCUAAAUAUAGAAUCAUGGGGAUCUUAAAAUAAAACAUGAUGUUGUAUAAUGCAUCACUUGUCUUUAUUAAACAAAAAAUACGCAAUGCUUAUGUAUUAUGAAAUAACCAUCAUAAAUUGUUACAGUUAAGGUCGUCGAUGUACAUUUAAUGCAGUACUACAAGGUAUAUUGUAUAAAUGACUUAAAGAAGUUUACCAUUAUUGUGAGAGAAUAUGUACACUGUUAAGCUAAUUGUAAGUAAUGCAUGCCAUUCAAAAUAACAUGUUGACAUUUAAUAAAUAUUAAAUACACCUAA